AUGACGACACCUAAUCCUCUUGACAUCCCCGAGCUGCUUGACCGCGUCCUUUGGAACCUACACCACUCAACCAAAGACCUUUCCUCGUGUGCGCUCGUCGCGCGAGUGUGGGUUUACCCGGCCCAAGUUUAUCUCUUUCGCACGCUUCGAUUCUACCAAGGCAUCUCCGCUAAGACGCUUAUAAUCACCCUCUUGGCUCCUCGCAAUGCACAUCUUCUUCCCCACAUCCAGCACCUGCUAAUUGACUACCACCGGGACGACACGGCCGGAAAUGACGCCCUGCAGAACAUGCUGCCGUUGCUGGGCCGGGCAGUGCAGCCAUGCCCCAAUCUGACGCGCUUGACCUUCCAAUACUCUGGCGACCGUCUUGCUAGAGUCGCCAUCACUGGUCUGCGCGACCUUUUGUUCGUGAAAUCGUUGCAAACGGUGACGAUUCACUGUCGCGCAUUCUCAUCUGAAGAAGACUUUUGGAAAGUCUGGGGAAACUGCUCUCCCAAUAUCCGCCAUCUAAACUUGAUGUGUGCCUGGUAUGAGCGUCCAGGGACUCGUCCAAACGACCAAAAGCAACCGAAGACGAUUCCGCUCGCCUCCUUUUGCCUUCCACGGACCGCGCAAACUCAUCUCGCAAAGGCAAUGCUCGAAGCGCUUCCCUUCGCGCUCAACAACCUAACAACCCUCUCGGUCUCAAGUGCUAACCACUCAGCAGUUCUUUGGGAGGCUCUGCGGCCCAGAAACAACAUCCAGCGGCUGCAUUUCCGUGUCGAGCCAUAUAUCGCCAGCCAUGCCACCCCAUUUGAACUGUCUGCCUUUCCAAAGCUGAUCUUCGUCGACUUUGCCUUCCCUCUCCAUCAAACCCACAUCAACAUAUUGGCAAACCUCGUCGCCACAAUCCCGCCGACAAAUCAGCUGCAGACCAUGCAGCUUGAGCAGUACAGCACACCCGAAGAUCGUUACAACGGCAGGAUUAACCCAUCAACUCUUGACAGCACCAUCGCUGCCAUCCCCGGUGCCUUCGAGGUCUGGCUGAAGAUGACGCCGGGCAUGGCGACCAUUUGGCGCCACGGGUUCUCGCACACGAGCAAGUCCAAAUUGGUUCGCAAUGCCGCUAUUGAAUGUGAGUGCUAUGGUUGUCGGCCUUUAACUACACUUCUGUACAAUUAA